CUUCUUCCCCAUCCCCUCCACGAACGAAUCCAAUCCAAUCGAAUCCCCUUUCCCUUCCGCCGCAAGCAACGGGGCACUCCGGGCGGCGGCCACCACCGGCGAUGAGGUCGACGGACUCGUCGCGGUUCGUGCAGGAGCUGGUGCUCUACGCGGCCAGCGCGGCGCUCAGCUGCCUCGUCCUCUUCGCCGGCCUCCGCCAGCUCGACCCCAACCGCGAGUCCUCCAAGAAGGCGCUGCAGCACAAGAAGGAGAUCGCCAAGCGCCUCGGCAGGCCGCUCAUCUCCACCACCCCCUACGAGGACGUGAUUGCGUGCGACGUCAUCAACCCCGACGAGAUCGACGUGGAGUUCGACUCCGUCGGCGGCCUCGACGAGGUCAAGCAGGCGCUCUACGAGCUCGUCAUCCUGCCCCUGCGCCGCCCGGAGCUAUUCGCGUACGGCAAGCUCCUCAGCCCGCAGAAGGGGGUGCUCCUCUACGGCCCGCCCGGCACGGGCAAGACCAUGCUCGCCAAGGCCAUCGCCAAGGAGUCGGGCGCCGUCUUCAUCAACAUCAGGAUUUCCAAUCUCAUGAGCAAGUGGUUCGGAGACGCACAGAAGCUAGUAUCCGCCGUGUUUAGCCUCGCCCACAAGCUCCAGCCCGCUAUCAUCUUCAUCGAUGAGGUUGAUAGUUUCUUGGGACAGCGAAGGACCACGGACCAUGAAGCUAUGACCAAUAUGAAGACGGAGUUCAUGUCCCUAUGGGACGGUUUCACCACCGAUCAGAAUGCUCGGGUGAUGGUGCUUGCUGCUACAAACAGACCUUCUGAGCUAGACGAGGCCAUUCUCAGGCGAUUUACACAGAUAUUUGAAAUUGGGGUUCCUGUUCGCAGUGAAAGAAGCAAGAUACUUCAAGUUGUAUUGAAGGGUGAAAAUGUCGAGCCCAACAUCGAUUACGAUUACAUUGCCAGUUUGUGUGACGGCUUUACUGGAUCAGAUAUCCUAGAAUUGUGCAAGCAGGCUGCAUUCUACCCGAUCAGGGAGAUUUUGAGCAGCGAGAAGGAUGGGAUUAGACCAGAUAGUCCAAGACCCUUGAAGCAAUCAGACCUGGAGAAAGCUUUGUCAACAUCUAGGAAGGGAAAGAAGUCGGGCCUACAGUCACCUGUGUGGAUCCGGCCGUCAGAUCCUGAAGAUGACCAGGUACAGAGCGCAAUUUUUGAGAUAUCUAAGAUGAUGUCUCGAAUAGUUCAGAACAGUCAGUCGGAACCGCAAGAGCCAUCUUCCCCUUGAACUAAAACCACAAGGUUUUCCUUUUGCUAGAUCUCAUGCAAAUCGGCAGUGGAGUAAGCGCUGGCAUUACCUCAAUAUCGUUAGGUUUUCUUACGCAAGAUUCAGCAUAUGUGUAUUGAUUCAGUUAGCGUCAUGGGGCUGCUCUGGUUUUUUUGAAGUUAAUUGCAGCUGGCAAAGCUCGCACUGAUGUUCAAGUUCCAUCCUUCUGUGUGGUAAAAAAAAAACAGAAAUUUAUCGUUAUGUGGAACACUUGUUCUGGUCGUCUUGUAAUUUUUUUUUAUGAAACUUAACUACUUAGGGUAGACUGUAUACACAUAUUGAAGAAAUGUGCCCUUCGAUUCUUCCCAAA